GCUAUUCAUUCCCGUUAGAAGAAUUUCGUAUGGCCUUUACGGAGACAAUUAUAUCUGACAUUUGACCGGAUCGCGUUGCGCCCAUAUUACGCUCAGAUUUAAAUCAUACGAUAAAAAAAAAUAUUACACGCGCAUAUCGAGGAAGAGAGAGAGAGAGAGAGAGAAAGAUACACGUCAGAAUUCGUAUAUUUUCAAUCAAAUGUAUUUCUCGUAACCUUGCGGACGUAACCUUCAAGCGUGACAGUUUCAGCAUCUUUGGCUUACGAGACAAUACGGCAUUUUUAUCACGGCUUUUUCACGGUCGCUAGAACGCGCGAGAGAAUGCCAGCGCCAAAUUCCAUCAGCGUAGCCGUAAUAUGUUCCAGUAACAUGAACAGGAGCAUGGAAGCGCACGCUUUCCUAAGCAAAAAGGGAUUCAACGUGAAAUCAUUUGGAACCGGCGAUAAGGUCAAACUACCUGGAACUGCACCGGAUCGUCCUAAUAUCUAUGACUUUGGUACUUCGUACGAAGAGAUCUACAAUGAUCUAUUAAUGAAAGACAAACAAUAUUAUACACAGAAUGGUUUAUUACAUAUGCUGGAUCGGAAUCGUAGGAUAAAACCUAGACCAGAACGAUUUCAAUUGUCCAAGGAUAAGUUCGACAUUCUAAUUACAUGUGAAGAGCGCGUGUACGAUCAAGUAAUUGAAUGCAUGGAAUCUAGGACUAAGGAAGAUAAUCAACCAGCGCAUUUAAUCAAUAUCGAUAUUCAGGAUAACCACGAAGAAGCCACAGUAGGAUCGUUUCUUAUAUGCGAGCUAGUGACAGUGUUGGCGAAUAGCGAAGAUUUAGAUAAUGACAUAGACGAAUUACUCCACGAAUUUGAGUCUAAAUUCGCGAGGACAAUAUUGCACACCGUGCUGUUCUAUUGAAAGUCCGUUACCGUUACGAAAAUCAUCAGAAACCUGGUGUUCUUCGAACCUCAAGCUUAAUUGUAAGAGAAAUUAAAUUAUGUGUAUAACACUUAAAUAUAUAUAUACCGCGUAUAUAUUCAUCCACCGGCUCAUGUGGAUUGAAUUCUGAUUUGAACAGAGGAUUCCGCUUGUGCUUCCUACUUAACGAAUGAUUAUUCUCGCGGAAUCGUACUGUUAAAGUCGCGAUAUCCCAGGAAUAUCGUCAAAUUGGCAUUAUGUUACGAUUAAUCGGGGUUUGUAGAAUAAUAUCGAAAUUUGUAAACAUAUACAAAAUGAAAAGAUAUUGGCAGUAGGGAGAAAGGAGGACGAGAGAAUAAAUGAAAGAGUAUAAAAUAUAAAAUAUUUAAUUUCAGCGUAUAUACAAAUAUAUACACGUACGCAUAUCGUAUACGAUUGCACGAUUGCAUGUGGAUUAUAAACCUGUGACGUGCAUAUACGUUUGCAUGCCCGUACAUAAUAGAACAAUCGUACAGCUGUUAAGUUUAACAUUACAAAGAAUAAUAGAUUCUGGGAAGUGCAGAGACCAGUGUGAUACUUUUCGCAUUCAAUGUUGAUCGAGAUGAGCGUACAAUCUUCGGGCUUUCUCACGUUUAUUCUUAUUAACAUGUUUAUUAAUUAUCUUCCACGGUUUCUUCACUUUGUCAGACUGAUCGUCAGUCGAUUCUGUUAAACUGACCGUUGAUCCUGCGUGCCUGAAAAAAAAUAAUUGUAUCAAUUGAAUGAAUUUUGUAUAUGAGAAUACACACACGACGUUCCAACAAUUGUACAUAUUGUAUCUCAAUCGCGUGCGAGCCUCAUUCGGAUAUUAGGAUUUUGGAUUUAGACGCCCCGCAUUGAUCGAUCUUACAUAAAUUAUUACUAUUGUCGCAAUCUAUUAUAUAUACACGAGCGACUUUACAAAUAAAACGAACAUUUUGACAU